AAGAUUAUAUUGUCAAUUCUGCGCAUGCGCGUUGCGAACUGUAGCGACUUCCUGCCAAAAAGUUGUCCCUAACAACACACUGCGCCCCACCGAGGGAAUUUCAGUUCAAGGAAACAUAAAGUUUCCUCGAAAGUAGCAUUUAGUGACAUGGGCCUUGGCCAAAGCAGAAGCAGCGGAAACUGCAGAGACUGACGGUGCAGAUUUAUCAGGGUGGACGGUGAAGACGUCCUCUCCCACAGCCAUGGACGAAUCGCAAGAGCUACCUACAAAAAAAGCUCGGCAUAAUCCAGAAGUGAGUCAGGAGGGUGAUUCACGAAGUGUGGCUGCAAAUGAAAGCAGUGACUCCACUAACCAGAACAAAUCGGCUGGUCAAUCAGAGGUCAAUUCAUAUCCAUCGUCUUCUGUCCCUCACUUGCACACAAUGCCUGGAGGACCAGACCAGUCAAAUCAAGAGACGAUAUCAAGAUCCCAGGGCUGUGUCACAGAAAAUGCAUAUGUUCACAAUGCAGUGACAUGCAAAGACCUCACCACAACCACAGCCACUGAAUAUACCUCACAGAUCUACCAAGGAAGCAACACUGCUGUCACUGCAUAUGCCAGUCAAGUGGCUUUCCCCUCCCUGGGCCAGUCGACCGUAUACAGCGGCUUUCCUCAGUCCGGCCAGACGUACGGACUGCCACCAUUUGGCACCAUGUGGCCAGGCUUAAAGACAGAGUCGCUGCUGCCCGAGGCACCCUCUGUUGGUCAGACGGGGUUUUUCAGCUUCAGCUCAGCCUAUACCUCAACCCAACCCAACCAGAUCCACUACUCCUACCCCAGCCAAGGGUCCUGUUUCACUACAUCCAGUGUGUACACUAACAUCCCCCCAGCUACUGCUGUGACCACAACUGCUGGCACACAUCAGGAGUUUUCAGGUUACAACUCUCUUGGUCAGAGUCAGUUCUCGCAGUACUACGCUCCUCCUCCCAGUUACCUGUCGGCUGGGUUGCCCAGCAGUGAUCGAGAUGGAACAGGUGUUGUGGCACCUGGAUAUCCAGCCAUUAAAACUGAAGGCAGUGCCUCAGCAAACCUGCCCGACACAACAGAUGCAUCCCCAGGUGGGACGUUCCCAACAGGUGUGGCUCUGCCUGCUGGGAUGGCCCUCCCCACAGGAGAAAGGGACCAAGAUGAGACAAACCGCAAAAAUCCUCCUGGCAAAGCUAAAGGCAAAGCCAAGAAAUCUGAUGGUUCCCAAUCCACAGACAAUGACCUUGAGCGUGUCUUCUUGUGGGAUCUGGAUGAAACCAUCAUCAUUUUCCACUCUCUUCUUACCGGCUCAUUUGCACAGAAGUUUGGCAAGGACCCAGCCACAGUUCUCAAUCUGGGUCUUCAGAUGGAGGAGCUGAUCUUUGAGCUCGCAGACACGCAUCUCUUCUUCAAUGAUCUGGAGGAAUGUGAUCAGGUCCAUGUUGAUGAUGUCGCCUCCGAUGACAACGGACAGGACCUGAGCAACUACAGCUUCUCCAGCGAUGGCUUCAGCGGGCCCAGUGCGGGCGGUGGUCCAGGGUCCACCUCCACGGUACAGGGAGGAGUGGAGUGGAUGCGUAAGCUGGCCUUCAGAUAUCGCCGGCUCAAAGAGAUCUACAACGGAUUCAAAGGGAAUGUGGGAGGUCUUCUGAGCCCAAUGAAGAGAGACCUACUGCUCAGACUGCGCUCUGAGAUUGAGACUGUUACAGAUGCCUGGCUGAGCACUGCCCUCAAAUCUCUCUUGCUCAUUCAGUCAAGGGGCAGAUGUAUGAAUGUUCUGGUCACCACCACUCAGCUGGUUCCUGCUUUAGCUAAAGUGCUUCUCUAUGGACUGGGUGACGUCUUUCCCAUAGAGAACAUCUACAGCGCCACUAAAAUAGGAAAAGAGAGCUGCUUCGAACGCAUCACCUCUCGCUUUGGGAAGAAAGUGACCUAUGUUGUUAUAGGGGACGGUCGUGAUGAAGAGUUUGCAGCAAAGCAGCACAACAUGCCGUUUUGGCGAAUCUCUUCUCACGGAGACCUGAUUUCCCUUCACCAAGCUCUGGAACUGGACUUCUUAUAGAUGGAGCUGGAGGUAAGACAUGGAUCUCUCCGGCUGCACCCAUCAGCAAUCCCAUCCACACUAGCCUUGUCCAGCGCAGCCGUGGAGCAGCUGGCGUAGACUCUGGGACAUUAUAGCGGUCAUAGGCAAGAACUCAAGAUGAUCUGUGACACAAUCUCACAAGCCCUCCAUUCCCUCAAUGGCAGCUAUCCUCCGCCUAGGUUGAAUCUCGCACUGGUACGCCACACAACCAUACAUGAGGAAAAGAGGGAAAAAAAGUCUCCCAUUCUCACUGCAUCUUUCUCUUUGAAAAAGGAUGUACUUUAACAUCUUCAACUUAACUGGAUUCACCAAAGGAACAACCCACGACCAAAGGUCUUCACUGGUACAGAAACUUAGGAGUGAACUUAAUAGAAGUCGCUUUUUUUGCAUUCUUUUUAAAGGGCUGAAAAGUAAGUUGGAGUCAUUUUGAUUUGCACUCAUUCCAAAGGUCAGGAUAAUGGUUCUUAUCAGAUGUCAGGUGACAUGCUUUAGAAGCCUCUAAGAAAUGAUGCAAUUAUUUCAGUCCUACAACAGAUCGCAGAUAUGGCCUGUUUAAUAUCUGUCUACAGAUGGUACCUACAGGGUUUAGCAUAGAACCCAUUUCAUUUUUACAGUAUCUAUAUACAAAUUUUCCUAAAUAUUCCUCAGUUUCAGGAAUCUACUUUCAUUUACCCUUUAAACACACAUCAUCGUUUCUGCUUUAAAUUAGGCAAUGUGAAUUAUAGAGUGCCUAAUGGAAACAAUUUAUUUUUGUAUAUUUUGUCCAUCAUUUUUGAAAGAAUAAAUUGCCCAAAAAUGAGAAUUGGCAUAAUAAUUUACAUUACUUUCGUUCCAAAACCAUAUGACAGAAUGACUUUCGUGAAACAUGAAAGAGAUGUUUAGAAGAAUGUUCACGCUGCACUUUUGCAUUCAAUGACAUUUGCUUCAAAAUACAAAAAUCACCAUAACAUAAGUCAAAUACGUUUAGCCUGUUAUAUAAUAGAAGUCAUAUAAUGAGGAACAAACCUGAAUUUGAAUUAUUCACAAACAGUCUUCCCCUUCGCUGUAGCUCUGAAGUCUAAUUCAGUCAUCAGACCUAAUCAACAGCUGAAACUUGGUGUGACAUUUCUAGUUGAAUUUGAAUGCAAAUGCAGAGAUUCCUGCAAUGGGAAGAUUUUCAGUGAACGUCUUCAGAUUUUUGGGUAACCCAUUUCUUUAAAAUCCAUAUUAAGGUGAACAUAGGCUCCUGGAAUGAUACUGUCUCAUUAGAAAUAUAAAUUAUUUGUUUAUAAUGCAAUUAUGAGCCACAUGAACUAACUGCAUUCAUGUCUCCUGAGAAAAAUCAAAUGGCUGACUGGGAUUUUGCAAAAUUACUUAAAUUACCUCUUGCAUAUAGAUAAAAUUACCCAUGGAUUUGAAGCUGCAAGGCCCCAGCCUGUGACCGUUUUCUUUCCAUUGUACAUGUUUGGGAGAAAAACUGUGUGAUCGUGUGCAAUACAUUUCAGUGAUAAAAGAUUGUUUAAAUUUUGGUUGAAGGUGGUUUUAUGAGCAGGUUUGGGUGUUAAGAUUCCUAACCGCUGCAAGAUUUUGACUGAACGUUACUGAGCCUGAAGAAAAAGCAUUUUUAUUCAAGCAGCUUUGACAAUUAAGAAUGUGUACUCUUUGUUGUUUGCAUAGGUGUGUGUGUGUCUGUUUCUUUUCCUGUAUAUAUUUAUAUUGUGCCUUUUAACUAUAAUCGCCAUUCAGUAAAUGUAUUAUUUUAAAGGGAAUUACUGAAAUUUGACAUAUGUUUGUAUUUGUUUUUCUGGUGAAGUGUUACCUUUGACUCGUAGGUCAAUGCUGUUACCUGGCAUUUUCUUUUAGUUUGGUGUUUUUUAAGUGUGCUGACUUCAUCUCUGCAUAGCUCUCAUAGCUCAGCCAAUCAGAUGCUGUUGUUCUUAAACUUGAAUCAUAAAAAUUGCUCUUCUGGUGCAUUUAUUAUAUUUUUCUCUCAAUGUCCUACUUUGUUUCUUGCAUUUUUCAGGAAAAAAUAAAAUGAGUCCCUGUAUAUCGUCUGUUAUCUGCACAAACUGAAGAUACAUGACUAUCAUCAUGAGAUCUUGGGAUUUGUUACUAAUGCAUAGACAAUCAAGGGAUGUAAUGGCUCUCUUAGCCAGAGAAUAAGCGCUCUAUCUAACCCUGGGAUUAGGCUUGAGCUUUUAGAUCAGUAGAAGAACCUCUGGCAUAUUCAGACUGAAACUGGCUGAAGAAGCAAAUACCUAUCUGUACACUUUAUGGUUUUGUGUAAGUGAUUUCAAUUAAAUUCUUUGAGGCUGGCCUA